CGCGCACCCAGCAUCGCGCACGCAGAAGCUUACAUUGCGGGUGGGGAGGUGGGGCCCGAAGGCCCAGCGGGGCGCUUCUGAGCACGGCCCCGCCCCACCGCCCACCCAACACGAGAACAGCCACGCCCGCAGCCUGCGAUCGGGGGAUCGGGCCUCUCCCCGGCGCCCUGGCGGCGGCUCCGGGCUGGAUUGGUGACGCCUGGGCGCUGCGGGCGCCUGCGCAGUGGUGAGGGCCGCGCUCGUGGAGAGGGGCUGCAGGAAAUACCUCAGAGAGGGCCGCCGAGUGGCUGCGGCUGCUCGACCCCAGGCGGCUGCACCAUGGCGGACGAGGAGCUGGAAGCUCUGAGGAAGCAGAGGCUGGCCGAGCUGCAGGCCAAGCACGGGGAUCCUGGGGAUGCAGCACAACAGGAAGCAAAGCAAAGGGAAGCAGAAAUGCGAAACAGUAUCUUAGCCCAAGUUCUGGAUCAGUCAGCCCGGGCCAGGUUAAGUAACUUAGCACUUGUAAAGCCCGAAAAAACUAAAGCAGUAGAGAAUUACCUUAUACAGAUGGCAAGAUUUGGACAACUAAGUGGGAAGGUAUCAGAACAAGGUUUAAUAGAAAUCCUUGAAAAAGUAAGCCAACAAACAGAAAAGAAAACAACAGUUAAAUUCAACAGAAGAAAAGUAAUGGACUCUGAUGAAGAUGACGAUUAUUGAACUAAAAAUGUUUAAAGACUGGAAUUUAAUGGAACAAUUCUAGGACAGAAGUUAAAAUCUGAUUAAAUGUUUACUUUGUUUAUUGUCUAUAUGCCUUUUAAAAAAUAAACUUG